AUGGCUGACGAAGACGGCGGCCUCUUCAACAUCGCCCUCGAUGACUCUGACGAGGAGGGCGUCAACAGGCCCAGAGAUUGGCAGUCGGAAGAGGACUUUCAGGAGCUCAGGGCUACGUACCGGGUGAAGGUGCAAGACGGCGAUAUCUGGCAGACGAUCGAGCUGCCGCUGAAGACGGAAAAAGCCAGCAAGCCCGUGUUGCAGGAGCUGCUGCACGCCGUGGAGGAGCUGUACUUCCUCCGCCGGUUCGGGGAGGCCGCGGCCUUUGCGAGGCGGGUCCUGGACGGGAGCGACGCGGCGUUGGAUCGGGAUACCAGGGAGACGCUGGCCCGGUACGAGGCAAAGAGCCGGGGCCGGAUGGAGACUUGA